AUGCUUCCCACCUUCAUCCGCACAUCAAUAAGGAAAUUCUCAUCAGCGGUGCCAUUAGCGAUGAGUAUGCAGAUGAAUAUGGAUAUACCCAUCUCUAUUGAUGAAUUGCUUGAGAUACACGCUCAAUCCAUGGCCAGUCAAGCGUUUCUAGCCAGAUCUGACCAUUUCGUUAUGGGUGACGAUAUCAGUGUUCUUGAUUAUGGCUGUGGGGAUGGAAUUGUGAGUGAAUCGCUGCAAUUCAACAGUCGAUCUAUCACCGGCGUGGACAGCAACUCCGAUUUAGUUAACGCCUUCAAUCGCAAAUUUAGAGACAGAGGCAUAUCGUCUGACAAGUUGGAAGCACAUACUUGUAUUCCUCCUGACAGUAAGUUUGACGUAAUUGUGUGCACACAACUUCUUCACAAACUCAACGAUGUCGAUGGAGUGAUAAACACUCUAUCUCAACACCUAAACAGCGACGGAGAGUUGCUUAUCGUAGACUACAGUAAUCAGCCUUUCUCAGAUUCAGCUGUUCUCAACUCCACCUUCACUGGAGAGCACAUCGAUAAGCCUUCACCCAACACUCAUCCUCACCGACACGCGAUAUCAUCACAAAAAGUGCAGUCGGCUAUCACCAAAGCUGGUCUGAUAGAUUAUUCGUGUAGGCCGGCAUUUUUGCUAGACUAUGAAGAGACUGGUGGUUUGAGUAGGAUUCCCUUUUUCAUAGCAACCGGGCUGAAGAAGUAG